GUUACUAAUAAUGAAAAGUUUUAUUUUUCCUGAAAUUGAAAAUCUCCUAUCAUAUUCAUUAAUAUUUGAAAAAUGACUGCAUAAGAAUAUUACACUCACAAAUACAAGAUGAAUGAAGAAUUGUUUAAACAAUUAAAAACCAAAUUGAAUUUGGAACAUUAUUCAAUGAAUGAUGAAUGGUUGAAAGAUUGUUCAGAAUUCUAUGUAAGCCAGCAUGAAAAUCCAAGCUUCAAAGAAAUUUUACAAUUUGUAAAAGUACAGUGGCAGCUUAGUGAUUUACGAGAAAUUAACAAUGAAAAUGGAAGUCUUCCACAUAAUAUUUCACAACAUAAAUUCAUUGUUUUAUCUGAAAAUUAUAUUCUCCAGGUAGAACAAAUGUAUGACAUUGCAACAUCAAAAUAUAAACAGUUAGAACAAAUAAGGAAUACCCAUAUUUCAGAAACUGAACCUUCUGAAUCAGAGAAAUUUGAUAAGUGGCAACCACCCAAAAAGAGAAUGAUACAAUUAAGAUUAACAGAUGGAGUACAAGAUAUAAUUGGAAUAGAGUAUAAUUAUAUAUCAUGGUUCAAUGAUGUAUUACUUCCAGGGUACAAAAUUAUGAUAAUGGGGCCAGUGAAAUGUCGUAAAGGUGUUUUAUUGUUAGAACCAGGAAAGUGUCAAGGAAUUGGUGGGGAAGUAGACAGUUUAUUAAUUCCUAAUGCUCUGGAAAAUGUCUUAGCUAGAGCUUUGAAUUUGAAAGAAAAUCCAGAUCCUUAUAAUGACAAUGAAUCAAAGCCAAAUGCUAUCAGGCCAGAAGAACAAAAAGUAGAUGAUAGUUUUUUUGAAGAAGAUUUUGAAAUAAAUUUAGAGGAAGUUUCUAUAAUUGAAUCUUCACACGAGAAAGACAAUGAACAAUUUAGCACUAAUACAGUUAAAACAGAAAUUAAAACAGAGACGAAACGAGAAAAUGUUAUAAAUUAUAAUAUUGAUACUAAAUUUUCCGAUAAGCAAACUCGUGAAGAAAAACAAAUCUUGGAUGAUGAUGAUUGCUUCCUAGAAAUGGUCGAUGAAACGCAAUUUUUAGAAUCACAAGUGAAGCAAGAGAAUGUUGUAAGUUCCUUAAGAGCUUUGCCUAAAGAAGAAAAUGAUGAUAUUAUAAUAAUUGAUGAAGAAGAUAUAAUUGAAGACAUUUCUAUGCCAUCAAACUCUGAACAAGUUGAGCAUACUUUCAAAAAUGAAAAACAAAUUUCACAUUCAAAUUUUGAACUGCUAACUAGUAAAAAGGAUUCAUCGAUUUCUACUGUACAGUCUGCAGUAAGAAAAACUCGAGAGGAAUCUUUAGUAAUUGGAGGAAAGAGAACUAUUCCAAUGUCUUCUCCUGAAAUAAAAGUCUCAAAAAAAGGUAAAAUGGAAAGAUCAAUCACAGAAUUUAUAAAACCACAAAUAUUAAAUACACCAAAAAUUUGUGAUUUUAUUCAUGACAUAAAUCAAGAAGUAAUAACAAAAACAACGUCUAAAACAAUUCGAGGACAUAUUGAGGUUUUGGGGAAAUUGGCAAAAAAAGAUUCAUUGUGGAAUUUAGAAUGUACAGUAGGAGAUGGUACUGGAACAAUAGAAGUAUCUUUUUCAAAUAAGGUUUUGGAAGAAAUGUUAGGUUUUACCGUACAAGAAUUUUCAGCAAAAAAGAAAUUGAAGAAAAAUCCAGAGAUUGAACAACAACUUAGAACGAGUUUCCGUAGUGCAGAACAUAGAAUAAAAACUUUGGAUGCCCUUUUAGAAUUAGAAUUAAAUUUGAAUAAAAAACCUAUAGUAAUUAAAAUUACUGAUUUGACUCAGGAACAGAAAGGAAUAAUAGAUAAGAAACUAAACAACUUUUUGCUUAAUAAAUAAAUUAAAU